UUAAGGCCUGUGGAAUGUUGAAAGACUAUCAUGACUCACUCCUUUACACCACCCUUCCCCUCCCAGACUCAGCCCUCAGGAACUUUCAGGCUUAGAUGCCUGUUUUCUUUUGGUGUCUGGUUGAUGUUUGAAUAGUGUAUUAAUUUGAUUGUUAGCAGAGAAAUCUAGCUGACCACUAUUGUAGGUAAAAAGGAAAAUUUAUGACUUCACAGAAUUCAAGGAGGGUUUAAGUGCCAAACCACACAGAGAGCAGAGAAGCAGAUGGAGCCAGGAACCCAAACCACAGUGGGAUUCUCUGCCUGUCUCUUAGCUUUGCUGUCGCUGUUGAUUUUAUUCUUCUAAAUGCAGACCAGUUGCUUUUCUUCAUUUGAGGAUUACAUCUUACUAUUUAAAACACACAAAACAGACAACAAAACAACAAAACCGUCAAGUUUUGAAAUCCGUAUUUUUGUUUUGAUAAUCCACAAGGGAUGUACAUUUAGAUUUUCCAAUGGUUAAAAAGAACAGUUCUUCAAAACUUCCUAUUCAGCCUCAGCCUCAGUGGGUAGGCAAUAUUAGGAAUUUCAAUUUUAUGGGUGGUGGCUUCUUGAUUGCUCAUCGAGAACAGGGUUAGUCUGUUUUCUUCCUUGCCUUUGCCAGACUGGGCUGAGUAGAGAUAUGCUUGUACAUCUGUCACAGGAUUUUAAAACUCUAGCCGUCUAGACGCUUGAAACUGCAGUGCACUAAUUACCCAGUACUAAUCCCAUCCUUCUGAAUUUACCCUUCCCCCAUCCCUGUCCCCAACUUGCCAGCUGUCCUGGAGCUCUUCUUCCUGACCUUGGAGGGUGUUUCACAUGCGUUGCCCCUUCCGGGAUUCUCACACAGGAGUCUGGGGAGAGGGAGAAUCCAAGAGGUAGAGGCCACAUCCUCUGCAUAUUGCCCACAGCUUCUCCAGCGCCCCCUUGUUCGCUUCGCUAGUGGCUCAGCAGGAAUAUUUUGAAAACAAUUGCCUUAGGUCAGAUGUUAUCCUUGUGUAUAUGUGGGACAGCCAUCACCAGCCAGUAUUUGGCAGAAAGAUAUAAAGUGAAUACCCCCAUGCUUCAGAGCUUUAUCAACUAUUGCUUGCUGUUUCUAAUUUACACAGUGAUGCUGGCAUUUCGAUCAGGUAGUGAUAAUCUUUUAUACAUCUUGAAAAAGAAAUGGUGGAAGUACAUCCUGCUUGGACUAGCAGAUGUAGAAGCUAAUUACCUGAUUGUCAGAGCAUACCAGUACACAACUCUAACCAGUGUCCAGCUUUUGGAUUGCUUUGGGAUUCCUGUGCUGAUGGCUCUUUCGUGGUUUAUUCUUUAUGCAAGAUACAGAGUGAUCCACUUCAUUGCUGUGGCUGUCUGUCUGUUGGGUGUAGGAACUAUGGUUGGUGCAGACAUCUUAGCAGGGAGGGAAGACAAUGCAGGUAAUAAUGUACUGAUUGGUGACAUCUUGGUCCUUCUUGGAGCUUCCCUCUAUGCUGUUUCUAAUGUGUGUGAAGAAUACAUCGUGAAGAAGCUGAGUAGACAGGAGUUUUUAGGAAUGGUGGGCUUGUUUGGAACAAUUAUCAGUGGCAUACAGCUAUUGAUUGUGGAAUAUAAGGAUAUUGCCAGCAUUCAUUGGGACUGGAAAAUUGCCCUGCUAUUUGUAGCAUUUGCCCUCUGCAUGUUUUGCCUGUACAGCUUCAUGCCACUGGUGAUCAAAGUCACCAGUGCCACUUCUGUCAACCUGGGCAUCCUGACAGCUGACCUCUACAGUCUUUUUUUUGGACUUUUUCUGUUUGGCUAUAAGUUUUCAGGACUCUACAUCCUGUCCUUCACCGUCAUCAUGGUAGGUUUCAUCCUGUACUGCUCCACCCCAACGCGCACGGCAGAGCCAGCUGAAAGCAGCGUGCCGCCAGUCACCAGCAUUGGAAUUGACAACCUGGGGCUGAAGCUUGAGGAGAGCCUGCAGGAGACCCACUCUGCCGUCCUGUAGCUGGAGAAGAAGGCAUACACGUCCACAUGAGGUUUCCUGGGGAGCUGGGAGCUGUCACCUGGAUAAAGCAGAGCCUACUGCUUUGGGACACUUGAAAACUUAUCAGAGUGAACACUCUGUAGCAUUGGGUUUGAUCCAGUUGGAUUUUAAAAGGAAUAUUAAAAUCAUGUAUCAAAAGUGGAAAUGCCAAAAUAGAGCAGAAGCCGAGGCUAGGAUUGAGUUUCUGUAUGUUUCGGGCCCAAUACCUGUUAGUGUCAGGGAGACAAGGUAUGGGGCGCACCCUGGGCUGUUAGAUGCACAAGUGGGAAAGCAGGAUUGGGCAGAUACGUGGGUGUGAGCCAGACUCAGGCUGUCCAGGCUGGGCUAGGUAGUCAGGAGGAGGGGCAGCCCUGGGUGGUUGGGAGUAGGUUUUCUCAUUUGGAGGCAUCUGAGUUUUGUCUUGCUGAGCCAAUUAUUGUCCACAAACCUUGUGGCCUUUUAGGAAAGGGGAAGUGGGUGGGGCAGCACUUGAGAAAUCCUGAGAUACAACGUGAGUACCGUAGAAGCCUUCAAGUGGAGUACAGUAACUCUAGGAACCUUCUCCCAAUUGUUACUAUGCUACUUCUUAGCAAAUAAUGUGCCAUGCGAUUUUUAUGAUACCUCUUCAAUACAGAGUGUUAAUAUGCAGCAGCAUUAUGAUAUCAACUGCCGGUAUACCACUUUGUAAAACCUCUGUAUGUGAACUUUUUGGGGUUAAAAAUAUAAUAAUGAAACCGAGGGUAAAUUCGUAUUAUUAAAAGAUUUUGAUUUCAUGGAAAUAUA